UUGCAUACGCAUCAAGCCAUCAAGUUCUAGGCGCUUUAGCAAAGAAGCGUAGCAGUUUCUCUUUUAACCGGCUACAGCCGGUGAAAAGAAACACAAAUUGAUACACAGGUAAAGAAAAGGCGGCGGCAACGGUGACUGCCGAAAAUGCUGGAAAAACUAUGACGCCUAACUUUGAAGUUCACGAGGGAAAUCAAUCACUCACCUGAAUACUAUAAAAAAUAGUGAGAGGCUAAGAGCAAAUUCACAUCUGAAAACAAACAAUACUACUGUGGCAAGAAUUGCAAAUACCCAUUCCUCUUAGAGAAAGAAGAGAGACAGAGGGGAGAUGGAAGGAGAUAAAGGAACUGUCUGCGUCACAGGAGGGACCGGCUACAUAGGCUCCUGGCUGAUUAAGGUGCUUCUUGAGCAGGGUUACUCUGUUCAUACCACUGUUAGGGCAGACCCAGGAAACAAGAGAGAUCUUAGCUUCCUCACCAGCCUACCGAGGGCAGAUGAAAAGCUUAAAAUCUUCACAGCAGAUCUUAGUUCUCCUGAGAGUUUCGAUGAAGCCAUUGAGGGAUGCAAAGGAGUUCUCCAUGUUGCCGCUCCCAUGGAUUUCCAAGACAAUGAGCCUGAGGCAGUAGUGACCCAAAGGUCAAUCGAUGGAGCACUAGGCAUCUUGAAGACAUGCUUAGGAUCAAAAACGGUGAAGAGAGUUGUCUUCACUUCUAGUAUUUCCGCAGUGUAUUUCAACAACAAGAAUGUGGACGUGAUGGAUGAGAGUUAUUGGACUGAUGUGGAUUACGUUAGAGAACUUAAGUCAUAUGUAAGUUCUUAUGCAAUUUCCAAGACUUUGGCAGAAAAGGCAGUUGUUGAAUUUGCAGCAGAACAUGGAUUGGAUCUGGUGACAGUCAUUCCACCUAUGGUUCUAGGUCCCUUCAUCUGUCCAAAAAUGCAAGGCUCAGUGCGAGCAGCAUUGUCUCCAAUCCUUGAGAGUAGGGAUGACUAUAGUCUUCUUCUCAAUGUGGCAAUGGUGCAUAUUGAUGAUUUGUCAAGGGCACUUAUUUUCUUGCUCGAGCAUCCUGAGGCAAAAGGAAGGUAUAAUUGUUCCUCGGACACAGUAACUAUUCAGAAGAUUGUUGAAAUUCUUUCAACUAAAUAUCCAGAAUACAAAAUUAAAGAUUCCCUAACAGAUAUUGAAGGUACUAAACUGCCUGGUUUGUCAUCAAAGAAACUCUUGGAUUUGGGUUUCAAGUUUAAAUACGGGGUUGAGGAUAUGUAUGAUGGAGCUAUUAACAGCUGCAAGGAAAAAGGGUUUCUCUAGGACCAAGGGCUUGAGGAUAUUUAUAAUAGAUAUAUGAUUCUAUCAAUUGAGGGUUGAUGAUGAUGCAGUAGUUCCUUUGAAGAUUUUAUGAUUUUAAAGAAGGAAGUAUUAGUAGCGAGGCUCAUUAAGCUUAUUAUUUUGGUCUAAUAACUGGAAAAUUGAUGUAUUUUCUGCUGUAUUUCAUGUUUGGAUGCUUGUGUUUUCAUUGAGUAUGGACUUCACUAUGGUUGUUUGUUUUGGGAUAGUUGUGUUUAACCAAACUUCUUGCCCAACGUUCAGCAAAUAAAGUUUAAAAAAAUAUAACGUCCAAUCCAAUAUAUAAAAAUUCUAACUGAAUCACUAAAUUUUAAUUUACUUCAGUAAAGUCAUUGAAGUUUGAUAAUUUAAUUUAGUCACUCUGACCAUAUGCAGAGAUGAAUUCAGGGUGGUGAGAAUAACUGUCCCUACAAAAAUCUUGAAAAUUAAUUUUAAUUAUAUGAAAUUACUCAAAAUUUUAACGAUUCUUAUAUUUUAUCGUAAAAAAAAAUCGUGAAUACAGGUUUCAAAUUUACAUAAAGGGUUGAGAAAAUAUUUGAUGGAGCUAUUAUGUGUUGCAAAGAAAGAGGCCAUCUCUGGUAAGUAUAACUACCAUCUCUACCAUAUAUUAUUUUGCCAUAAUGGUGAAAAUCUCCAGGAACAACGUCAACCAAUUGGUUCAAUUCAUGCUGCAAAAUGCACGGACCAAGGGUCCGAAGAUGUCGCUGAAUCAGCUCAAAGAUAAAGAAAUUAGUUUCUCCGACUCUUCUAGCAUUCGAAAGGAGACCCAAUGAAGCUUGUGAUUAUGAAAUUUAAUUAAAAAUUAAUGUUUUUUAUUAUUAUUAUAUGUUUCCAAAUUUAUUCUUGUGGAGU